UCUCACGAGACGUGGAUUCCGCCCCGGUAAAGGAGCCGUCCUGUCCCGUCUCUUGUGGCGUCACCUGCAGCUUUACAUUACUCAUACACGCCAUGUCCUUUUGUAAAUUCUUCGGCGGAGAAGUCUAUAAAGACCAUUUCAAACCGGGAAUGUAUGUAUGCUCCAAGUGCAGCCACCCUCUGUUCUCUAGUCGCGCCAAGUUCAGCCACUCGUCUCCUUGGCCGGCUUUCACUGAAACCAUCAGGGACGACAGUGUCACCAAGAUGAUGGAGAGUCUUACCGCAUUCAAGGUCCUGUGUGGCAAGUGCGGUAAUGGUCUCGGUCACGAGUUUGUCAACGACGGCCCUGAGGAAGGACGGUCACGCUUCUGAAUAUUCAGUGACUCACUUAAGUUUGUCCCUAUCAAAGAUGAGGACAGGCGAUAAAAGUGAGACCUGUUUCUGCCCAUCCGCUGCUGCUUUGUCCUGGACCAGAGUCACUCUGGUCAGUUCAUGAAGUGGACAGGAAUAAACCCAUCAAAGGAG